AUGAUCAUCAUUUGGGGGAAAGGGCGGACAAGGCUCAUGGCUGUCGGAAUUUUGUCCCUCGUUCUCAUCUUCCUCAUUCAUUUGCUCAACUUUGCAACCUCCUUUUCCAACUCCGGCGAAUUAUCCGCUUCAAUGGAUGUAAUUGCUGCGUGCCCUACCUCUGACUUCGAGCACCCCAACGACUCUUAUUUUGUCACCGUCGCACAAAUACCCAGCGUUGUCCAUCAAAUAUGGAAAACAAACGACCUCCGAACCUACUCCACGCAAAUAAACGCAUCGCGCGACCAGUGGAAGCACACGCUCGAGCCCCUAAACUACACAAUCAAGCUCUGGACAGACGAUGCCAUCCUCCAGCUGAUCAAUCGCAAGUAUACUUGGCUUUUGUCGACGUAUGAAGCCUAUCCCCAAAAUAUCCAACGUGCCGACAUGGCCAGGUUGCUUGUCGUUCACGCAGAAGGAGGCAUAUAUGCAGACCUCGACGUUUACCCGACCUCGGCCAGUCAAAUACAGUGUCUGCAAAGUCUCAACCUCGAGGCCAUAUUCGCCCCGACGACAGGCACCCGGGGACUAAGCAACCAUUUCUUCAUGGCGGAGCCUGAAUCUCCAUUCAUCCAGUGGGCACUAUACGAGGGCAAGCGACGCGGCGGUGCGACGUCUCGAUUCAUUCCCAUACCGUAUCUGCAGGUCUUUUGGUCAACCGGACCCACGAUGGUGACAGCGGCAUUUCGGAAGCAUUUCCCCGAUGACCAUCUUUGGAAUUAA